AUAAAGCGGGCGGCGAGGGUGCCGCAGCGAGGGCGGGGGUCGUCAUGAGCUUGAUGCUGGAGACGCUGCUGGGCCCCCCGGGGGGGCUCCGCAAGGAGCCGGGCCGCGCUCCCCCGCGCUCCGCCGCCUCCAGCGGCUUCCACUCGUGGCCGGGCCCGGUGGUGGGGCGGGCUCGAGGCGGGGGGGCCGGCGGCGGCAGCGCGGCCGCUUCCUCCACCGAGAGCCUGGACUCGCUGAACGGUGAACCGCGGGCGCGGAACGAGAAGGAGCUGCUGCAGGCGCUGAACGAUCGUUUCGCCGGUUACAUCGAGCGGGUGCGGGCGCUGGAGCAGCAGAACCGGGCGCUGGCGGCGGAGGCGGCGGCGCUGCGGCAGCAGCAGGCCGGGCGCUCGGCCAUGGGCGAGCUGUACGCGCGGGAGCUGCGCGACAUGCGGGGGACCGUCCUGCGGCUGGGGGCCGAGAAGGGGCAGCUGCGGCUGGAACGAUCGCGCCUGGCCGAGGACGUGGCCGCGCUGCGGGGGCGGCUGGAGGAGGAAGCCCGGCAGCGAAGCGAGCUGGAGGCGGCGGCCCGCGGGCUGGCCCAGCGCUCCGCGCAGGCGGAACGGGCGCGGGGGCCGCUGGAGGAGCGAGCCCGGGCCCUGCGGGAGGAAGCGGAGCUGCUGCGGAGGCAGCACCGGGCUGAGGUGGGCGCGUUGCUGCGCGGGGCUCGCCCCGAGCCCCCCGACGAGCCUCCCGCCGCCCUGCGCGCCGGGGUCACCGCCGCCCUCCGCGACCUGCGCGCCCAGCUGGAAGGCACGGCGGCCCGCAGCACCCUGCAGGCCGAGGAGUGGUUCCGCGUGAGGCUGGACAAGCUCUCAGAAGUUGCCAAGGUGAACACGGACGCCAUCCGCUUGGCCCAGGAGGAGAUCUGCGAGUACCGCCGCCAGCUCCAGUCCAAGACCACCGAGCUCGAAGCCCUCAAAGGGACCCAGGAGUCACUGGAGAGGCAGAGGCAGGACUCGGAGGAGCGCCAUCAUGCAGAUGUCCUAUCCUACCAGGAAACCAUCCAGCAGCUUGACAGCGAGCUGAGGAACACCAAGUGGGAGAUGGCAGCUCAGCUCCGGGAAUACCAGGAUCUCCUCAACGUCAAAAUGGCCUUGGACAUUGAAAUUGCUGCCUAUAGAAAGCUCUUGGAAGGGGAGGAAUAUCGGAUCGAGUCGGGCUUUGGGAUGAUCUCCUUCCCUGAGGUGGUCCCCAAAGCUCCCAGCAUCACCACCAACAUCAAGGUGAAGAGUGAGGAGAAGAUCAAGGUGGUGGAAAAAUCUGAGAAGGAGACAGUGAUUGUGGAGGAGCAGACAGAGGAAAUCCAGGUGACAGAGGAGGUCACAGAGGAGGAGGAGGCUGAGAAAGAGGCCGAAGAGGAGAAAGCUGAAGAGGAGGAAGAGAAAGCUGAAGCAGGGGGUGAAGAAGAGGAGGCCAAGUCUCCUGCAAAAGAAGAGGCCAAGUCCCCAGAGAAACCCGAGUCCCCCUCAAAGGAGGCGGCCAAGACUCCAGCCAUCAAGUCCCCAGAAAAGCCACCAAUGCCCUCAAAGGAAGAAGCCAAAACCCCAACUGUCAAGUCCCCUGAAAAGCCCCCAGCCCCCUCAAAAGAAGAGGCCAAGACCCCCGUGGUGAAGUCCCCAGAGAAACCUGCAACCCCCUCAAAAGAAGAGGCCAAGAGCCCAGUUGUGAAGUCUCCAGAGAAACCUUCACCCCCCUCAAAGGAGGCGGCCAAGAGCCCAGCCGUGAAGUCCCCAGAGAAGCCCCCAACCCCCUCAAAAGAGGAGGCCAAGACUCCAGCUGUCAAAUCUCCAGAAAAGCCACCAACCCCCUCAAAGGAGGAAGCCAAGAUCCCAGCGGUGAAGUCCCCAGAGAAACCUGCCACCCCCUCAAAAGAGGAGGCCAAGACUCCCGCUGUCAAAUCCCCAGAGAAACCCUCAACCCCCUUGAAAGAGGAGGCCAAGCCCCCAGCUGUGAAGUCCCCAGAGCAACCUGCACCCCCCUCAAAAGAGGAGGCCAAGACUCCAGCUGUCAAAUCCCCAGAAAAAACCCCAACCCCCUCUAAGGAGGAGGCCAAGACCCCAGCUGUGAAGUCCCCAGAGAAGCCCCCAACCCCCUCAAAAGAGGAGGCCAAGACCCCAGCUGUGAAGUCCCCAGAGAAGCCCCCAACCCCCUCAAAAGAGGAGGCCAAGACCCCAGCUGUGAAGUCCCCAGAGAAGCCCCCAACCCCCUCAAAAGAGGAGGCCAAGACUCCAACCGUGAAGUCUCCUGAGAAAGUCAAGUCUCCUGCGAAGGAGGAGGCCAAAUCCCCGCAGAAGGAAGCAGCCCCAGCCAAGGAGCCCACCCCCUCCCCUCCAAAGGAGCCAAAAGCCCCUGCGAAGGAAGAGCAGCCCAAGGAAUUGAAGGCUCCCUCCAAGCCCGAGAGCAGGAAAGAGGAAGCUCCCAAGAAAGAUGUCCCAGCCAAGGUGGAGGAGAAGCCUAAAGAGAAGGCAGCUGCUGUGCCGGAGCCUCCAGCCCCACAGGUGAAGGAAGCCACCAAGCCAAGCCCCAAACCUGCGGAAGAAGGAAAGGCUGAGAAGGAAGCUCCACCAAAACCUCAACAGGAGGUCAGCAAAGCAGCUGCGAAGGAGGCUGAGAAGCCAAAGGCCGAGGAGAAGGUGGAGGAGCCCAAGAAGGAGAAGGUGGAGGAGCCCAAAGCUAAAGCGAAACCCAAAGAUGAGCCCAAAGCCAGUAAAGAGCCCCCCAAGGCCGAGGCCCCCUCCAGCAAGGAGGGCAAAGCCCCGGAGCCGGUGCCCACUGCGGGGAAGAAGUGAGCGGAGCCCUGGGCGCUCAAGAGCACCUCUGGGUGCGGGAGCUGCUCCGCUCCCCUCUGACAGCGGGGCCCGGGGUAGGGACACCCCCGCCCCGCGCCGGGCCAGGCUUUAACCUUAGCAAUAUGUCCGUGUGAGAGAUGCAGCCCCUGGCGGCCCUGCCCCGGCGGGCUGGCCGAUAGCUUCCCCAGCAGAAUGUGAUAUACCCCGAGCGCCACAUGUAAACACUUGAAUUAUAACCGAGGAGAAGAGACCUCCGGGGAACCGCCCGCCCUUCUCCAAUAAGUGCAUUUAUUUAAUGUAUGUGCAAUCGAUGGAUGAGUGCAACGCAGAGCUCUAGCUGCUUGGGAUGGCAGCUGGCAUGGUCCUUCCCCGGCCUGGAGGUGACAAGUGUCCCUCCCAGCGGUGACCCAGGCUGCAGCUGGCUUCGGUGGGAGAGGCUGGGCGCUGCAGGAACGCUCAGACACACACACGGUGCACUAGGAACCUCAGCCCACUGUUAUUUGCUUUCUGUGCAAUAACCAAAUAAAAGUGCUUACGGAGA